AUGCUGCUAUGCAAACGAUCUUCCCGGCAUACACGGCGUGCUCAAACAGAGGGCGGAGAGGAGGGAGAGGUAAUAGCAGCGACAGAGGAGGCAGUGGGCAUAGCGACAGAGGAGGCAGUGGGCAUAGCGACAGAGGAGGCAGUGGGCAUAGCGACAGAGGAGGCAGUGGGCAUAGCGACAGAGGAGGCAGUGGGCAUAGCGACAGAGGAGGCAGUGGGCAUAGCGACAGAGGAGGCAGUGGGCAUAGCGACAGAGGUGAGGCGUGGGUUUGCUGGGCGGGGCGGAGAGGUGAUGGCGGCGACAGGAGAGUCAGUGGGCACAUGCUGCUAUGCCAACGACCUGCCCGGCAUUCACGGCGUGCUCAAGCAAAGGUUCGCUGACUUCAUAGUGAACGAAGUGGCACCGGAUGGCACAGUGGUGCAUCUGACGCACCUGCACGUGCCCCCCGCGCUGCUAGCCCAGGAGCAGCAGGCGCAGCAGCAGGCGCGCAGGCAAGAGGCGGAGAGCCUGGGGGAGCUGGUGCACGCGGGGGGGGUGCUGGCGCAGCUCCGCCAGGCGCUGGGGGGGGGCGCGGAGGGGGGCGGGGGAGGGGGAGGGGGAGGGGGAGGGGGAGGGGGAGGGGGAGGGGGAGGGGGAGGGGGAGGGGGAGGGGGAGGGGGAGGGGGAGAGUUGCGCGAUGAGGAAGAUGCGAGGAAGCUGGUGCAGCUGCUGGAAGGGAUUAGGAGCAUUCAGCUGUGGUGGAAAGAGAGGAAAGGGGGAGGGGAGGGAGGAGAGGAGGGAGGAAAGGAGGGGGGAGAGGAGGGAGGAGAGGAGGAAGGGGAGGGUGCGAGGGGGGAAAAGGCGGAGGGCAUCGUGCAGGGAGGGGAGGGGGCAGGAGUAGGGGCGGGGAAGGGGGCUCCUCCCCCUAUGCCUGAGCCGGUGGUGUUUGCUGCCAGUGCUGACAAGGCGUACCGUGCUGCCAUGCAUGCGUUCUUCAAGUCAUACCCAUACCUUGUAUCUGAUACCAUCGACGCCCCGCAAGGCCCCCCCUACCGCUGUGUGCGCCUGCGCUUCCUCCCCCAACCUCUCCCCUCUCUCAUCCCCUUCCCCCCUUCACCCUCCUACCACCAGGCCAUGCACGCGUUUUUCAAGGCCUUCCCCUUCCUCGUCUCUGAUACCAUUGACGCCCCCCAGGGCCCCCCCUACCGCUGUGUGCGCCUGCGCUUCCUCCCCCCGCCCGCCCUCAACCUCAAGGGCGCAGGGGGGCGCGCAGGGGAGCGCGGAGGGCGGGGGGAAGGGGGGCAGAGGGGCGGGGACGGGAGGGGGUGGCGGGAGGGGCGCUGGGGGGGGAAGAGAGGGGGGAGGGGCGGAAAGUGGGGGAAGCGGGGGAGGGAGGAGUGGGAGGGCGGGGAUAGGAAGAGAGGGAGGAGGGAUGGUGGUGGUGAUGGGGAUGGGGAGGAUAGGGGGGAAGGGGGGGAUGGCGGAGAGGGGGAGGGGCAAGGGGGGGAGCAGGGGGAGGAGGAUCAGCCGGCUUUUGACAGGCGGGGGAGAAAGGGCGCGGAUGGGGUACCUGCAACCACUGCGCGCCGCUUCCUCAUGUUCCACGUGUUGAAGGAGAACAAGGACACCAACGAGGCCAUGGCGCUCGUGGGGCGCUACCUGGGCGUGCAACCCAGGGCGCUGGGCUUCUCCGGCACCAAGGACAAGCGCGCCGUUACUGUGCAGCGGGUGACAGUGUCCAACCAGUCAGCGCGCAAAGUAGCGUCACUCAACGCCAAGCUGUUUGGCAUCCGAGUGGGCGACUACCGCCUUGUUGAACAGCCUCUCGUGCUGGGGCAGCUGGCAGGCAACCGCUUCGUUGUCACGCUCAGGGCCGUGAGAGCGCCCAGUCUGGACGCCAUUACAGCAGCAGCAGAGGGACUCCGCUCUCAUGGCAUCAUCAACUACUUUGGCCUGCAACGCUUUGGAGUGGGUCCCGUGGCGACGCACACGGUGGGAGCAGAGACGAGCUCACUCCAAUUCACACUUCUCAUUCCCACUCCUCUUGUACUACCCCUCUCCUGA